AUGGCUCUCUCCUUUCGCAUGUCUGCCGGACCCCGCCAGUUCUCUUCCCGGAGUGCAUAUGGCGGAGGUUCUGUUAGGCUCUCCAGCUCCAAUAGUGUAGGAAGCUUGGGGGGAGGAUUUGGUGGUGGGUCCCUGCUCGGCUUUGGUGGUGGCGGAUAUGGCGGAGGGUUAGGCAGUGGAUAUGGCGGAGGGUUAGGCAGCGGAUAUGGUGGAGGGUUAGGCAGCGGUUAUGGCGGAGGAUAUGGCGGAGGCUUGGGAGGGGGCUUGGGCGGAGGGUUAGGCAGCGGAUAUGGCGGAGGGUUAGGCAGUGGAUAUGGUGGAGGCUUGGGAGGGGGCUUGGGAGGGGGCUUGGGGGGCGGCUUGGGGAGCAGCUUUCGCGGGAGUGGAGAAGGCAGCCUUUUGGCAGGCACUGAAAAGGAGACCAUGCAGAAUCUGAAUGAUCGCCUGGCUGCCUACCUGGACAAGGUGCGAUCUCUGGAGGAAGCCAAUACUGAGCUGGAAAGCAAGAUCCGGGAAUGGUAUGAGAAAAAUGGCCCAGGGGCUGGCGGCCCAGGGAUUGGCCGAGAUUACAGUAAAUACUACCCUGUGAUUGAAGAUCUCAGGAACAAGAUCAUCAAUGCAACAAUUGAAAACGCCAGGCUAAUUCUGCAGAUUGACAAUGCAAGACUGGCAGCUGACGAUUUCAGGGUGAAGUUUGAGAAUGAAGUGGCUCUUCGUCAGAGUGUUGAGGCCGACAUCAAUGGUCUGCGCAGAGUCCUGGAUGAGCUGACCUUGACCAGAGCGGACUUGGAGAUGCAAAUCGAAGGCCUGAAUGAAGAACUGGCCCACCUCAAGAAGAACCACGAGGAGGAACUCCUUGGAUUGCAAGGCAAUGCCACUGGACAAGUCAGUGUGGAAAUGGAUGCUGCACCAGGGGUGGAUUUGACCAAACUUCUGAAUGACAUGAGAGCACAGUACGAGGUCGUUGCAGAGCAGCAUCGCAAAGAGGCUGAAGCCUGGUUCAAUGAAAAGAGCGGGGAACUGAAAAGAGAAAUCUCUUCAAAUACCGAGCAGCUUCAGUCGGGAAAGAGUGAAAUCACAGACCUGAGAAGAACCCUGCAAAGCCUGGAAAUAGAGUUGCAGUCUCAACUUGCCAUGAAAAAAUCCCUUGAGGACACACUGGCAGAAACCGAAGGAAACUACUGUGCGCAACUCGGACAAAUGCAGCUUCAAAUUGGGAACGUGGAAUCUCAGCUUUUCCAGGUCCGAGCGGACAUGGAACGACAGAAUGCAGAAUACCAGCAACUCCUGGAUAUCAAGACCCGUCUGGAGAUGGAGAUUGAAACGUACCGCCGACUACUCGAUGGAGAGCUUGGGUAGGAGAAGCACCAGAAUGUUGCAGAUGAUUGUUCUCUUACCAAGUCGGUGGAUUCCACUCAAGAUCCAAACAAAAGCAGAAAGAUCAAGACAAUAAUCGAAGAGGUGGUAGAUGGCAAAGUAGUUUCAUCCAGAGUUGAAGAAGUUGAGGAGAAGAUGUAA